GCCUGAGCCACGUGGGCGUGCAAGGGAGAGGCCGUGGCGGCUGUUGUGCCAGCUGUUUGCCCGGGAGCGCUGGCUGCUUCUGCUGCUCCCCAGGAAGCGGACGUGGAGCUCGGAAGAAACUCGGGCAUGGAGGGCGGGUGGCUUUCAGAGCGCGGCCGGUUGGCGGCCGGGCUGCUGGUAAACUUGGCGGCAUCUAUUUGCAUCGUCUUCCUGAACAAGUGGCUGUACGUGCGAAUGGGCUUCCCCAACCUCAGCCUCACGCUGGUGCACUUCGCCGUCACCUGGCUGGGACUGUACGUGUGCCAGUCGCUGGGCGCCUUCGCCCCCAAAAGCCUCAGGCCGCGCCAGAUCCUCUCUCUGGCGCUCAGCUUCUGCGGCUUCGUGGUCUUCACCAACCUCUCCCUGCAGAACAAUACGGUCGGCACUUACCAGCUGGCCAAGGCCAUGACCACGCCGGUCAUCGUGCUCAUCCAGAGCGUGGCCUAUGGCAAAACCUUCGCCACCCGCAUCAAGCUCACUUUGAUUCCUAUCACUUUAGGUGUUUUUUUAAAUUCUUAUUAUGAUGUGAAAUUUAGUUUACUUGGGAUGAUAUUUGCUGCUCUUGGUGUUAUAGUGACAUCUCUUUAUCAAGUGUGGGUAGGAGCAAAACAACAUGAACUACAGGUAAAUUCUAUGCAGCUACUAUACUAUCAAGCACCAAUGUCAUGCGGCAUGUUGCUGUGCGUUGUUCCCUUCUUUGAGCCGGUCUUUGGAGAAGGUGGAAUUUUUGGCCCCUGGACUCUCUCUGCUGUGUCUAUGGUGCUGGUUUCUGGAAUAAUAGCAUUUAUGGUGAACUUGUCUAUUUACUGGAUUAUUGGGAAUACUUCACCAGUGACAUACAACAUGUUUGGACACUUCAAAUUCUGCAUCACCCUCAUGGGAGGAUAUCUCUUAUUUAAGGAUCCUUUAUCGAUUAAUCAAGGCCUUGGAAUUACAUGCACAUUGUUUGGCAUUCUAGCUUAUACACACUUCAAACUUAGUGAGCAAGAUGGGAGCAAAAGCAAGCUGGUUCAACGUCCGUAAAUUAAGUAUUUUUGUUGGUAACAAAUGAAUUGCUUUAAUAUGCACUGAUUCCAAAAGCAAUGUACUGUCCAUGGAGGAAUCUAAAAUUGUCCAUCUCCCAGCAGAGCAGGUAUUCUCUCUCCUAUAGCCGCCAUGCACUGCCUCCACCUCCUCUGGCCAGUUGGGGUAUGGAUUGGAUUACAUCGAGGGGGUCACAGGACUCAGCAGAAAGAAAAGCAUAGUAAAGAAGACUGGUAGUUGAUGUGUGUUUGCUUACGUUGGCAUGCCCAGAUUCUCCCUCUCUCUUCUCUCCCCUUCCCUGUGUGUGUGUUGUGUGUGUUUGUAUACACAUAUGUAUGUAUGCACAAUUUGUUUUUUAAAGGGCUGUUUGUAAUUACAGUGCAAUCAUUGUGAACUGUUCUAUUUAUACCAAAUGAACUCAUUCAGACAGAUAGUGUUUUUUGCUAGAAAAUUAAUCAUGUCCUUAUGAUUAUGUCAGUAUUAAGAGACUGUUUUUGUGAUCAAGUGAACAUUGAAGUUUCUUGAUAUGGUAAAUACCGAAAACCAAAUUGUUUUUUCUGGAUUUUUAAUUUCCAUCUGGGACUUUGUUUCUAGUAGUCACAUGCAUUGUUAUAUUUUUUUUCUGCAUAUUUUAAAACUUAAUGUAUAUUUAACUAUAAUUAACAUUCACGGUUGAACAAAAUACUGGUACUCCAAAAUUAUUAAGACUGAGAAUUUUACAAGUUGUUAAAUUUUCUAAGUUUAUAAGUAUUACCUAACUCAGUGCAGGCUGGCUCCUGUAGUUUGAAAGUGUUUUCUUUUACUUUGUUCAAGAUUCAGUAAUUUAUAUAAAAGAUUUAUUUUCUUAUUAUUUUGGCCAGUGUAGAUGUAGUGUUACUUGCAACUUGAUUUGUAAACUUUCUUGCAAUUUGUAUAUAUUUCUGCUAUGUUUUAAACAUAUUUAAGACAGAACUUCCAAAGCAUUAUGGGGAUUUUUUAAAAUCAAUAUCAUCCUCUUAACCCCAGGUUAAGAAUAAAUUCUCACUGAAUAUUAACUUGGUGAUAUAAAGAUAAUCAUAGUUAAAUCAAGAUAGGGUAUUAAUCAGUCUCACCCAAAUGUAUCCUUAUGUUUUAAACUGUAGUUAUAAUAUCGACUAGAAAUUACCAGUUCAAUUUAGUUGGAUUAUGAUUAGCUAUGGAUUUGUCAUGUUACCAGAUUCUAUGCUAUCAACACUGUAUAGAAGAGUUUUGUAUUCUUGACCAUAAUAGAGGCUGCUUAUUAUGGUUGGAAGUCAUAACAGCAGUUAAAGGAAGUGACUCAUUUGCAAUCCCUUCAGCCCUGCUUUCCCAGAUGUGGUUGUUCAAUAGAUCAUGAUGUCCUUUGGGGUGGCCGGGGAGGCUCUGGAAGGCCUAAUCCAGGGUCUCCCCCACCCCCAAGACAUCCUGAACUCUGUUUUCCUCCCCUAAGCAUCUCUGCAGGCUUUGGGCCUGAUUCCCAUCCCACCAAGUGCCACACCUUCCUCCCCACUUCAUGUCACCAUCGCACACUUUUCAAAGAUCUCUGAUCUCAGUUAGGGAAAGAGGACAGGCUGCUUCCAGGAUGUUACUGUGUGGCCCAGCAACAGAGAAGCUUGUUGUGCUCCUCUAACACACAUUCUGCAGUAUUCUACCCCAUUCUUCAGGGCUGCGGAAUACUGUGGAACUCGUGUUAGAGAAGCAAAGUAACCACUCCAUUGGCACUAUCCUGGAAGAAGCCAUUAUUUUCCAAGCCACCACAAUUCAAUGUGGCUGCUUGGGAAAUUACAGCUGUUUCUGGGGUCGCAUCACAGCCCAGGAGCAGAGCAGCCUGUCCUUCCCUAAACUGAGCUCUGGAGAUCUUUUAAAGGUAAGUGAGGAGGAGGAGGAUAUAGAUCCCGGCAGGAUGGAAAGCAGGCCCAAGGCCUGCAGGAAUCCGAGGAAGGGAAUGGGCAUGGGAAACAGGUAGGGAGAUGCUACAAGAUCCUGCAGCCAGCCCUAAGGGCAAAGUACUGUAAUGGAACACCAGAGGUUUAACAAAAAGGCAAGAAUUCUAUAAUAAAAGUGUAGUCUCGGACAAAUCUUGUUAUUAUUGCUUUAUAUAUUGAAAAGUGUUAUGUUCUGCUUUAUUUUUGAGAGCCAGUCUGGUCUAUAGGUGGUCCUUGUCUUACAACCAUUCAUUUAAUGACAGCUUGAAGUUACAACAACUCUGACAAAAAUGACUUUAUGACAGUUGCACUGUCAUGGGGGUCAUUAUCUGUAAUCUUCCCAGCUGACAUCCGACAAGCAAAAUCAUUGGGAGAAGCUGGGCUCACUUAACAACCAUGUGAUUCACUUAACAACUACAAUGAUUCGUUGAACAAUGGUGGCUAAAAGAGUCAUAAAAAGGGGAAAACUCAUUUAAUAACUGUCUUCUUUAGCAAUGGAAAUGUUGGGCUCAGUUGUGGUCAUAAGUCAAGAACUAUGUGUAUGGUUAAGGCCUGAGGCUAGAAACCACAAGACUGAUAUCCCUGGUUUUGCCUUUGGAACAGUCAUUCUCAGUUGUUGUGGGGAAAAUGGAGCCAGGAGAAUUAGGUAUGUUUGCUGUCUUGAAUGUGUGGGUGUGGGAGAGGGUGUAUAUAAAUCUUUUAAAAUGUAUUGGAGAAAAUACUUUUCUAGGAAAGGAACAAAAGUCACUUUCCUAAUGAAUCUUUAAUUUUAAAAUAGUUAUUAUCUGAAUAUUCCAAAUAUUAACUAUAGUUCUAAUUGAAAGCACCCAGUACAGUCACGGUGAAUUAAUCAACUGUAAUAAUUUACUGUUCAGCCAAAUUCUAGAAGGGAAUGCAAAACAUGAGAUGAACUGGACCAAUAUAUUGACACUAUGAUUCAAGAUCCGUAGUUGGUUUUAUGUAUUCAUUAAACAUAUUGUCUGAUUAAUGUACAUUUUUGGAAUCCAAAGCUGCAAAAAUUAUUGAAACCUCAUCAUACUAUACACUAAUGUAAUGACCUCUAAUUUUCUGAAAAUGCAAGCACAGUCUGUAUUUUGAACCUUUGAUUCAUUUGUACUGUUUGUUACAGGAAAAUGUAGUUGUUUCUUAAUUGUAUACAUUUAUGUUAGAAAUUAAUCUUGUAGGCUUAUAUUACUUUUGUGAGUGUAUAUAAAAUCAGUCUGAAUCAAUUUGCUUUGUCCAUUGAAAGUCAUGCUGGAUCAGUCCUAGUUCAGCACCAUAAUCUCUUACUGACUCUAUUGUGUAUGUUUGUAUGUAUUAAGUUCUUGUGUACACACCAUCCAUUCGUCCCCUGGCAAUUUCAAUUUUUACAAAGAACAAACCCAAAAGCUGAUGAGGAACAGAGUCUUUGCUCUCCUGUUACAAGUAGAUACUUAGCUCCCAUAAAAGAUUUAGGUUUGUUGUUAUCCUGCCUUUAUUGUUUCCAUAGAUAACUGAAGGUGAUAAACAUAACUAAUAUUCUUUCCUCCUCCUACUUUCCCCACAACAAAUCUAUGAAAGUUGAGCUGAGAAUGUGUGACUGACCUAAAGACAUCUGGUUGAUUUUUACUCCCAGUUUCCUGGUUUCUGGUGUCUUAACCACUAUAUCAAACUGGCUCCUAUGUACCUGAACUUCAAAGUUGGCAUUUUACAGUAUGCUUUCAAAAGUAUUCAUUUUGGAAGGGAGUUCACUUUUAUUUCAAAAAUACAUUUGAUCAUUAUAUUAGAAUAAAGACAUUACAAUGUUUUGGGAUUUUUUUUGCUUUGUUUUCUUAUAAAAUAUGCUAUAAAACAGAACUUUUAAUGUAUUAUCCAAACAUUUUUCCCAUAUCACUUUAGGAAGCUGUGAUAAUGAGCAAAAAACUGAAUCUAUCUCCUCCAAUAAAAUGUCUCUGAAAUGUCAUGAAGAAUAUAAAUUUAAUAUGCUUUCAGAAAUUUGGCCAGUAUAUUUUAUAAGCUGCCUUAAGUGGAUCUUUUUUUAAAGAGGAGCAUUUGUUCACAUGCACAAAAGUAAUAGCACAGAACAUGCCCCCAGUUUCAUUUGCUGUUCUAAAAGUAUUUGAUAUCUUGAAUACCAAAUUUAUUCAGUAAAUCAUUCUUGUACUUUCUGUCAGUAUUAUGAAAGCUCAGCUAUUUCAUGUGAUUAGCUGGAUCUUAGCUAUUAUUCAGACUGAAGAAUGCUUUAAAUGCAAUAUUUGAUAGCUGUAGUUAUUAUUCAAAACUGCCUGCUAAAGGUAAUGUUCAAAACAGCAUGUCCAGGGCAGUAUCAUUGUGUAUUACAAAGCAAUUUUGUGCUCUGAAGAGUAUUUUCUGAAAUGUAAAUACAAUUUUAAAAUGUCAAGUCCUUGCAUCCUAUGUCUUGAAGAGAGUAACAAUAAUUUAGAGUAUCUUUAUCCAUCCAAGCUCAAUAUAUUCUUUCCUCAAGUCUUUUAGAGAACAAAAUGGUAACUCCACAUCUCAUUCAGCUGUAACAUUUAUUGCAUUUGUAAAAUAAAUUUCCAUUGAUGGGGAAUUUGUAGGUCUCUACAUGCUACUGGAUUCCACCACUUGUCAGACUUACAGGGUUUUAAGAAUAACUGGAGUGUCAAUCCACUAAUAUCUAGAGACUUAAUAAUUUUCACCCCUUAUUAAUAUAAUUAUAACACACAACAAACAUGUACAAAAUAUUAAUAGGGAUGGUGUAGAUGGUAGUCUGCACUGUGUGGAAGUUUUUUAUUGUCAGAAAUAGAAUAUCAUAAAAUAUAUUUGACUGUAUAAAACAGAAUGGCAAUGUUUUUUAAUGUAAUAUACUUGUUUUUUAUGAAUAAAAUAGAUCUUUAUUA